CGGGUGGGAAAGCCCUUCGCGUCCGCCAUUUUGGCUGCCUCUGUCGGUCCGUUCAGUUACCACGUGAACCGCCGACGGAGACCCGUGGUGGGUGGGGGGGAAGCGGCGGCCGCGUAAAGUGAGAAAGGGAAAAAGACAACGAAGGGGAAAGGGGUGUCGCGGCUGGGCGGCGCGGUGACACCCGAGGCCCGGUCGCGGCGGUGGAUCGGGGCAUUCAGGGCUGCAGCCCCCAGGGAACGGCGGCGGUCGGACAAACACACUGACCGAGCCGGGCGGUGGCGGGAGCAGCGGGAGGAGCCGGAACGAUGCCGGCCGUGAGCCUCCCGCCCAAGGAGAACGCGCUCUUCAAGCGGAUCUUGAGAUGUUAUGAGCAUAAACAGUAUAGAAAUGGGUUGAAAUUCUGUAAACAAAUCCUCUCUAAUCCCAAAUUUGCAGAGCAUGGAGAAACUCUGGCUAUGAAAGGAUUAACAUUGAACUGUUUGGGUAAAAAGGAAGAAGCUUAUGAAUUGGUUCGUAGAGGUUUGAGAAAUGACUUGAAGAGUCAUGUGUGUUGGCAUGUUUAUGGCCUUCUCCAGAGGUCAGACAAGAAAUAUGAUGAAGCCAUUAAGUGUUACAGAAAUGCGCUAAAAUGGGAUAAAGACAAUCUUCAAAUCUUAAGGGACCUUUCUUUACUACAGAUUCAAAUGCGAGAUCUUGAGGGUUACAGGGAAACAAGAUAUCAAUUACUUCAGCUUCGACCUGCCCAGAGAGCAUCAUGGAUUGGUUACGCUAUUGCUUACCACUUAUUAGAAGAUUAUGAAAUGGCAGCAAAGAUUUUAGAAGAGUUUAGGAAAACACAACAGACAUCCCCUGAUAAAGUGGAUUAUGAAUAUAGUGAACUCCUUUUAUAUCAGAAUCAAGUUCUUCGGGAAGCAGGUCUCUAUAGAGAAGCCCUGGAACACCUUUGUACCUAUGAAAAGCAGAUUUGUGAUAAACUUGCUGUAGAAGAAACCAAAGGGGAACUUCUGUUGCAAUUAUGUCGCUUGGAAGAUGCAGCUGAUGUGUAUAGAGGAUUACAGGAGAGAAAUCCUGAAAACUGGGCCUAUUACAAAGGCCUGGAAAAGGCACUCAAUCCAGCUAGUAUGUUAGAACGACUAAAAAUUUAUGAGGAGGCCUGGACUAAGUAUCCCAGGGGACUGGUGCCAAGAAGACUGCCAUUAAACUUUUUAUGUGGUGAGAAGUUUAAGGAAUGUUUGGAUAAGUUCUUAAGGAUGAACUUCAGCAAGGGUUGUCCACCAGUCUUCAAUACUUUGAGGUCAUUAUACAAAGAUAAAGAAAAGGUGGCAAUCAUAGAAGAAUUAGUAGUAGGUUAUGAAACCUCUCUAAAAAGCUGCCGGUUAUUUAACCCCAAUGAUGAUGGAAAAGAGGAACCGCCAACCACAUUACUUUGGGUUCAGUACUACUUGGCACAACAUUAUGACAAAAUUGGUCAGCCAUGUAUCGCUCUUGAAUACAUAAAUACCGCUAUUGAAAGUACACCUACAUUGAUAGAACUCUUUCUUGUGAAAGCUAAAAUCUAUAAGCAUGCUGGGAAUAUUAAAGAAGCUGCGAGAUGGAUGGAUGAGGCCCAGGCUUUGGACACAGCAGACAGAUUUAUCAACUCCAAGUGUGCAAAAUAUAUGCUAAAAGCCAAUCUGAUAAAGGAGGCUGAAGAAAUGUGCUCCAAGUUUACAAGGGAAGGAACAUCAGCGGUAGAGAAUUUGAAUGAAAUGCAGUGCAUGUGGUUCCAGACAGAAUGUGCCCAGGCUUAUAAGACAAUGAAUAAAUUUGGUGAAGCGCUUAAGAAAUGUCAUGAAAUUGAGAGACAUUUUAUAGAAAUCACUGAUGACCAGUUUGACUUUCAUACAUACUGCAUGAGGAAGAUUACCCUUAGAUCAUAUGUGGACUUAUUAAAAUUAGAAGAUGUACUUCGACAGCAUCCAUUUUACUUCAAGGCAGCAAGAAUUGCUAUAGAGAUCUACUUGAAGCUUCAUGACAACCCCCUUACAGAUGAGAAUAAAGAACGUGAAGCUGAUACAGCAAACAUGUCUGACAAAGAACUAAAGAAACUACGUAAUAAACAAAGAAGAGCUCAAAAGAAAGCCCAGCUAGAGGAAGAGAAAAAAAAUGCAGAAAAAGAAAAGCAGCAGAGAAAUCAGAAAAAAAAGAAGGAUGAUGAUGAUGAGGAAAUUGGAGGUCCAAAAGAAGAACUUAUCCCUGAGAAACUGGCCAAGGUUGAAACUCCAUUGGAAGAAGCUAUUAAAUUUUUAACACCGUUGAAGAACUUGGUGAAGAACAAGAUAGAAACUCAUCUUUUUGCCUUUGAGAUUUACUUUAGGAAAGAAAAAUUUCUUUUGAUGCUUCAAUCAGUAAAGAGGGCAUUUGCUAUUGAUUCUAGUCAUCCCUGGCUUCAUGAGUGUAUGAUUCGACUCUUUAGUACAGCAGUGUGUGACAGUAAAGAUUUACCUGAUGCAGUUAGAACAGUAUUAAAACAAGAAAUGAAUCGUCUUUUUGGAGCAACGAAUCCAAAGAAUUUUAAUGAAACUUUUCUGAAAAGGAAUUCUGAUUCAUUGCCACACAGAUUAUCAGCUGCCAAAAUGGUAUAUUAUUUAGAUCCUUCUAGUCAGAAGCGAGCUAUAGAGUUGGCAACAACACUUGAUGAAUCCCUCACUAACAGAAACCUCCAGACCUGUAUGGAGGUAUUAGAAGCCUUGUGUGACGGUAGCCUAGGAGACUGUAAAGAAGCUGCUGAAGUUUAUAGAGCAAAUUGUCAUAAGCUUUUCCCUUAUGCUUUGGCUUUUAUGCCUCCUGGAUAUGAAGAGGAUAUGAAGAUCACAGUUAAUGGAGAUAGUUCUGCAGAAACUGAAGAACUGGCCAAUGAAAUUUGAACAUCAUUAAACAAGCAAAUGGAAUGACUUUGGACCAUAUCUAGUAUAUAAUAUUUUUGUCACGCACCUGCUGCAUUGCUCUGACUUAAACAGAAUGAGAAGAGUAAAUGUUCUUGCCUUCAAAUAGUGUUUUAAGUUUUUUAUCCUGCUGAGAAAGUAUAUAUAAAAUACCUAACAUAUUACAGGAUAUAGGUUCAGUUUCUUAAAAAAUUAAAAGCUGCUAAAAUUGAGGGGUUAAAAAAAAGAGACCUAUCUUCUUCCUACCUACCUACCCAUGUUUUUAAACUAAUUUAUAUAAAAUCUGGAGGCUGUUACAGCUAACAAAGCAGGUGUGUGGCAGAAAUAUUACUUUAAAUUUGUCUUGUGAGAUUUUACUAUAUCUCAGACAGCAUAAAUGCUGUUUUAGCACUGGAUUCUUUCACUGAGCACAAAGAGUUGUUGGGGCUUUAGCAUCUGACUGGUUUUGUUAUGGGGUUGAUUCUGGCCAUAGGAAGUAUGCAAAUGUGAAUCACUAUUUACAGAGAAACCUACAACAGAUGCUUGAUGUUGUAGAAGCUGGGACAUAGAGAUACCAAGCAGAAUUCUAAGAAACCUAGAGGGUGUUCAAAACGCGUGUGUUUCCAAAAUUCACUGUACAUGAUCAGUUUGGCGUUCUUGUACCACAGUUUUUUUAACUGAAGAUACCAGUUGGAACAAUCAAUUUUAACUAAAACUUGAAGAACUAAAAUAACAAUGCAAACCUUUCAGCAUUGUUUUGGCCAAACUUGUUAAAACUGUAAUGCAAGAACCAAAUGCACUGUGAUAAUGGCACCAACUAAUUAGCAAGCAUGAAUUUUUUCACCCAGAGUGAAAAAAGGAAAUCUACCAUGGCUUGAAGUAAAAGAGCAGAACUCCUGACUACCAUUCUAUGACUGAUCAAGAGACUAAUAGUUAAAAAACCUCAGCAGGCCUUGUUCACGAUAUGCAGAAAAAAAGUGCUGCAGUUUAGAUACCUCUGGAAUUUUUCCACAGUGUCACAGGUUUGUAAUACUUGAAGCCCUACAUUUCUAAGAAUAUAUUUCUUGCUCAGUUGUUUCAGGCAAGCCCAAGACUUUGUAAUUUUUAAAGGGCCCAAGAUUUUUUUUUUCAAUAACAGACCAGCUUCUUUUUCCUGCAGUUACAGAUGUAAUUUCCUUUUUGUUGUCAAAAUGAGGUACCAAAUAUGAUGCAAUAAAUUGUUUUGAAAAACAGUUGUGUGAAUAUUUCAACUAAUCUGUGUUGGGCUUCUGUGAAAAUAUACAGGUGGAAACGGAGGUUGCAAGCCAGAGGCGCUGUAGUAUGCUGGAAGGCUAGUGCAGUUGGGGGCUCUGCAGAAUGGUCUAGUGCUGGUGUCAGGGAGUUCCGCAGUGCAGGUGCAGGGCCACUCCAGCAGACUUCACUCAGGGCUGGGAUGGCUGCAGGUACUAUGAAUGUAAUUUGUAAUUAAUAAUUUGAAAGGAAAACAACUAUUAUUUUGAUUAAGGAAGUGAGCCUUAAUAUGUUAAAUCUAUACACUGAGAACCAGCCUCUGGCUCAGGGUUCUCACUGUAUUUGCAAGAUCUGAACAAAUAAGAUUAAGUGAAUCAGGUGUAUGUGUAAUUGGCCUUUUUUCGGUACCGUUAUGGGAAGUAUAUUCUAAAGGGAAUUUUUAGGAGACCCGAUCUUUCCACUGAUUGGACAGCUGUGCUAAACUCAACCUUUCAUAGUACAUUCCUGCAUUCCACAUCCCAGUCUAAUAAUUCAGUGAUGUAAAGAAAAGUACAAACUGAACUUGAGUGCUUUGUUAUGUUUUAUUAACUGGCCUUGUCUCAGGAACAUCUUAGCAGAUGGCAAAAACGCCAACAUUUUUUUCAACUGUGAGUGGCAGCUGAAGUUCUUACUCUUGGGAAAGAACACUAGUGCUACCUCUGCCACUAAUGAGGUGAUUGGAGGAGGCAUCAGCCAUAUGAUAGGGGGUGUAUGUGUGAAUUAUGUUUAAAUUCUACUGUAUAUUGAAAUGGAAUUAUAUUUGUUUCGACAAUGUUGAAAUGAUGUAGAUUGUCUUAGAAUGAAUAUUCAUAAGUACUCAACUCUCGAUGCAGAUGCCACCGGUGAGGAGUUAAAUUCCUAAUACAUAUAUUGUAAUUCCAACCCAGUUUUACUGGAACUAUUGAAUAAAUAUUUUAUUUUCUUUCAGGUUUA